GUUAUUUAUUUAUAUAUAUUAUUUAUAAAACUAAAGAAAAUAAAAAAAACAAUGAAAUUUAUUUCAGUUUGCUUAAUAUUAAUACUUUCAUUAUGUUUAGGGGGAAUUCAAGGUUUUGAAGGUGGUAUUUUUACAUGUGAAAAUGGUGUACCAAAAGGUGCUUCAUCAAUUACUUUCCAAUCAUCAAGAGUCACUGGUAUUAUAGCUGGUUUUUCAUGCUUUGAAUCAAAGAAAAAUCAAACAGUCUUCACCUAUCCACCAUAUUCAUUCACAACCAUUCCAAGAACUGUUAUGGAUGGUACCAAAUUUGAAGGAAGUGCAGUUGUUUUGGAUUUCAAGAAUAUUUUAAAUACAUACUUUUUCGACUAUGCUACUAUCACCUAUGUCCCAUACACUGGAGAAACCGUUGUAGUACUCAACAACCCAAGAGUUGUACUUAACACCCUUGAUCCAAAUAAGCAAUAAAUGGAACAUCAAUAUCUUAAUCAACAUCAACUUGAAAAUCAAAAUCAAAAUCAAAAACAAUUACAGAAAUUUAAAAUUAAUAUUUUUAAAAACAAAUUUAAAAUUAUAAUAAAUUAAUUAUUUUCCCUCCCC